UCGAACAGCAGCUUUAACACUCUCGUCAGGCACAUUUGGUUCCAACAACGCCCAAAACACUGCGUCGGGACUCUUUGGGGCACCGAAACCGGCCACAGGCUUCGGGACUUUCGGUGGCGGAGGCACUGGGGCGUCGACGUUUGGUAGUUCCGGAGCGUUUGGGUCGAACCCUGCUGGGACGAGCACGGGGACGGGCUUGUUCGGACAGAACACCAGCACAAACACAGGCACAGGCACGUUCGGUGGCAGCAAUAUGUUCGGAGCCAAGCCUGCACCGUCAACCUUUGGCCCGACCACCACCACCUGUAAGUUUCGAUAUACUACUCUCUCUCGGUCUCGUGUUCACAAUAGCAGCCAACCCUACCGCCGGCUCCAUCGAUGGCGUACCUCCCGUAACAACGGGAAGCUCCAACCCACCUUAUAAUGCGUUCACCGAGAAAGACGCCGGGAACACCUCCGUCACUCUCCAUUAUCAAAGCAUAUCAUGCAUGCCCACGUAUCGAGGCUCUUCUUCCGAGGAACUGCGCUGGCAAGACUACCAGCAAGGUCGCAAAACUGCGGGUGCAUUCGGCCAAUCGAGCUUCGGCGCACCUGCUGCGCAACCUACCACUAGCAGUGGGCUGUUCGGUCAACCUGCUGCGCCAACUGCCACCCAGCCAGCGAACCCCGUAUUUGGCUCGUUCGGUAACGCCAGUAAUCCUGCCGCUACCACUGGACCAGCAGGAUUCGGCACCUUUGGACAGCCUGCAGCGACCACCACUCCAGCAACGGGUGGUGGUCUAUUCGGAGGUGGUGCAUUCGGUCAGCAACAACCACAGCAACCAUCACAGCAGCAGCAGACCGGUGCAUUCGGCACCUUUGGACAGCCUCAGCCUCAGCCUCCGCAACAGCAGCCUGCCACUGGUAGCCUCUUUGGUGGCGGUGCGUUUGGUGCGCAAAACCAGCAGCCUAAGCCUUUCAGCGCAUUCGGUUCUACUGGCACUGCCAACACGGCUGGAACGACCAGUGGGUUUGGAGCUUUCGGACAAGCCGGCCAGACACAACCCCCUGCCGCGGGAACCGGUCUCUUCGGUCAGCAGCAGCCACCGCCCCAGCAACAGUCCAAUACUGGCUUUGGUUCUUUCGGUAAGGAUUGCCUCUCGUAGCUGAAUGAAAUAGCUGAAUGUCCGUGAUAGGCCAAACCAAUCAGCAAAAACCAAUCUUGUUUGGCCAACCCCCGCAGCAAUCUGCAAGCACUUUUGGCGCGUUCGGUGGCGCCGGUGCCCAGCCUGCUCAACAACAGGGAGCACAGCAGACUGGUGGAUUGUUCGGUAGUGGUGCGGGAGCCGCCGGUGGCGGUCUUUUCGGUGGCACACAACAGCCCACUCAGCAGCAACAAGCGUCAGGUGGGCGUGAGUGCAGUUUCAGAG